GGGCGAGAGAAAGCGAUGCCACAACUGACGCCGGAAAAGGGUGGAGUAAUUUAUGUAAAGAAAUGACUAAAUUUUCGAAAUUAUAAAAAUACCCCUCAAACUUUUAAAAUAUUUCUGCGAUCUGUCUGAGUAGUAGGUCGAUCGUUGCUUGAGUCAUGACGCUUGUCUUUAAGAAGCCCAUUCAAUUCUCCAUUAAUAAACUCUCACCGUCUGCCAACCCAAUCCCUUCACCCAAUGGCUCCCACUCCACUGCUCCUCCUCCUCCUCCUCGCUCUCACCCUCGUCUCCGCCGCCGUUCACCCGCUCGAUCCCCUCACCGCCGCUGAAAUCACCUCCGCCAUCAACCUCAUCCGCGCUUCCCCUCUGAACUCCUCCGCUCCCCUCGCCUUCCACUACGUCGGCCUCGACGAGCCCCCCAAGCCAGCCGUCCUCGUGUGGCCCCGCUCAGCCCCGCCGCGUCGCGCCUUCGUCAUCGCCCGCGCCGGCCGCGCCACCCACGAGCUCCGCGUCGACCUCGGCAACGGAGCCGGCCGCGUCCUCUCCGACACGGUCCGCCACGGCGGCAGUUUCCCCACCUUCACCCCCGACGAGCAGGAUGCGGCCUCCGUCCUGCCGUUCCAGUACCCGCCGUUCGCCGCGUCGGUGGCGCGGCGGGGGAUUCCUCUGUCCGAUGUUCUCUGCACGACCUUCUCGGCGGGGUGGUUCGGACGCGCGGAGAGGUGGGCGGGGCGGAGGGUGAUCGUGGUCCAGUGCUUCGUGGCGGCGGGGACGGCGAACUUCUACGCGCGGCCGGUGGAGGGGGUGACGGCGGUGGUUGACCUGGACGCGAUGGAGAUCGUGGAGUACGAGGACAGGGUCGACCCGCCGGUGCCGAAGGCAGAGGGGACCGAUUACCGGGCGGCGGCACAGAGACCGCCGUUCGGGCCGGAGACAAAACCGGCCACGGUGGUGCAGCCGGAGGGAAGGGGGUUCGAAGUCGACGGGCACAUGAUAAGGUGGGCGAACUGGGAGUUUCACUUGAGCUUCGACGCCCGCGCCGGCUCCGUCAUUUCUUUGGCGUCCGUCAAAGAUUCCGAGGAGGGUACAUUCCGGCUCGUCCUCUACCGUGGCCACGUCUCCGAGCUCUUCGUGCCGUACAUGGACCCGUCGGCGGAGUGGUACUUCAAGACCUUCUUCGACGCCGGCGAGUUCGGCUUCGGCCUCUCCACGGCUCCGCUCGAGCCCUUCACCGACUGCCCUGCCAACGCCGAGUUCAUUGACGUGGACGUCUCCGGCGGAGACGGGUCGCCGGUGAGGAUCCCAAAUGCGAUUUGCCUCUUCGAGCGCUACGCGGGCGACGUCGCGUGGAGGCACACAGAGUUUGGGUUCCCCGGGGAAAUGAUAACAGAGGUGAGGCCGGAGGUGAGCUUGGUGGUGCGGUGGGCGGCGGUGGUCGGCAACUACGACUACGUGAUUGACUGGGAAUUCAAAACCAGCGGCUCCAUCAAAAUUGGGGUGGCGCUGAGCGGAAUCCUUGAAGUAAAAGGCACAUACUACGCCCACGCCGACGAACUCUCCGGCGACGCACACGGCUCGCUCGUCGCCAGAAACACCCUCGGAGUCUACCACGACCACUUCUUCACCUUCCGGCUCGACCUCGACGUCGACGGUGCCAACAACUCGUUCGUGAAGUCCCGCAUGAAGCCUGUGAGGGCGGCCGGCGGGCCGAGAAGGAGCUACUGGACGGUGGAGAAGGAGACGGCGAGGACGGAGUCCGAUGGCCAGGUGGAGCUCGGCUCGACGACGGAGCUGAUGGUGGUGAACCCGAACAAGAAGACGAGGAUUGGGAAUGAAGUUGGGUACAGGAUUAUUAGCCUCGGCGGAGCGGCGACGUCGCUGCUGGACGACGACGACUACCCGCAGCGGCGGGCGAGGUACACAAAGAAGCAAGUGUGGGUGACGCCGUACGACGAGGCGGAGAAGUGGGCGGCGGGUCUCUAUGCGGACGAGAGCAGAGGAGAUGAUAACUUGGCGGCCUGGAGUCAGAGAAAUCGGGAGAUUGAGAACAGAGAUAUAGUGCUGUGGUACACAGUUGGGAUUCAUCACCUGCCAUGCCAAGAAGACUUUCCGGUGAUGCCUCUGUUGACCGGCGGCUUCGAGCUGCGGCCCACCAACUUCUUCGAGAGCAAUCCGUUGAUCCGGAGGAGGCCCAAUAAGCCGGCGACUCGGCUCCAUUGCUCCUUGCAGUAAUAGAGGAAGAUUGAUGGCUUUGAGAUUCGUGAUCAUCUUGAUUGUUUUGCUGUAGACUGAGAAAGGGAAAGAACGAUACCACGAUAGCAAAGAGGAACGUUAGAAGGGCCUUACAUUUUUCAGUAAUGCCAUUAAAAUACUUUUUAA